AUGAGCGACCCCAACAACAAUGAAGAUAUUGCCAAGUUGCAAGACCAAAUCAAUUCCUUAACCAACCAGCUGGAAGCUGCCAAUCAAGCCAACAAGGGCAGCACCAACAGUAAGAGACGUCAAAUAGCCCCCGCUGCAGUGCACAUUCAGCAAGUCGAUGGCGGCAUUGGCCAACGUCCCUUUUUGCAAUCCCGGCGUGAAAUGAUGGGCCGGACUGCUUCCAUUUGCACACGACAAGUCAUGUCCAAUCUGCCCACGGGAGAAAAUGACUACAGUAAUCAUCCGCUCGCUCUACGGAUUAUGGACAUGUUUCAACGUCCUUCUGAGAAUCUAGAUUACCUGAAUAGCGAACAGUUUGCCAAGGAUUUGUUCAAGCUCUGCCAAAAAGUGAGACAUGUCCUCGAAGGUGAACCCCGUGUGGUCUUUUUGCAAAGUCCAGCCUAUAUUUUUGGAGACAUUCAUGGAAACUUGGAGGAUCUUCACUUUUUCUCUGAUAACAUCUGGAGAUUGGGCAUGUCUCUGACGGCUGGAAACUUUUUGUUUUUGGGAGACUAUGUCGAUCGCGGCAUGUCUUGUCUCGAAGUCACGGCUUAUCUUCUAGCCAUGAAGUUGCAAUUGCCAAACAAGGUCUUUCUCUUGAGAGGAAACCACGAAACUAGAGACGUCAAUGGAUGGGAAGAACACUACGGAGAACGAUCAUUCAUCUACCAGUGCCGCCAACGUUUUGGUGAUGAUAUCGGAUACCGCAUCUGGGAAGCCUGCAAUCAAGUCUUUGAUCGAUUGCCUCUCUGCGGUGUGGUGGAUCAAGAUAUCUUUUGUGUUCACGGAGGUAUCCCUAGACCAGUAGGCGAAAAUACUACUCGUAUUCAAGAUAUAUUGAACGUUUCCAAGGUGGCUGGUAUCAAUCCUCCCUACGAACAUGAAGAUGAUGACUACCAACAGGUAGCAUCCGAUUGUAUUUGGAGCGAUCCGGCUUCCGAAGAACAAGAACAGUACAGCGUUGACCCCGAAUCUGGAUUUGGAGAGUCGCUGAGAGGGGGCGGGGCCAUUUGCUUUGGAAACAAGGCCGUUACUGACUUUUUGGCACAACAGGGAUUCUCCUACAUUAUGCGGGCUCACGAAGCACACGCCGAAGGUGUCGCUGUCUCCAAGGGGGCUCGUGUCUUUACAGUCUUCUCGACAUCCAAGGAUCACAACCAAGGCUCCCAAGCCUUGGCCGGAUGUAUCUUGGUCGAUGGCGAAAAAUUACAAGUCAUUAACCGCAGUCCGGCCUACAAGAACCAAUACGUACACCGAAGAGAUAGCGUUAGCUUGAACGCUCUUUCUCCCACUGAAAUCAGCAAACGAAUCAAACUUGGUCUCAUUAGUCAAGAUGAUGACGAGUCCAGCGAAGAAGAAUGGGAUGACUUUGAUGAAUCGAGUGAAGAAGAAUCGGAUGAAGAACCCCCCGUCUAUGCCUUUUCCAAGGAACGACGUCGGUCGUCGGUCAAUCUUGGUGAAAUGGCUGCCAGAUUCAAUUCGGAAGAAUGGGACUCGACUCAUACUUCUGGAUUUGUGGGUACUUCCAGUCGUCAUUUGAAUGCUUUGGAGGAUGUCAUUCGGGAAGAUGAUGAGGAGGAAGCAGAAGAGGAUUCAAGGUCGACAGUAGAGGGCGAUAUCAGUUAG